AUGCAGCGGGAGGCGCCGCCGGGAGCCCCGAGUCGGCCCCGCCCCUCCACAGGCCCCGCCCAUGCCCCGCCCCUCUCGCCCGUAGCCCCCUCCCGCCCGGUCAGCCCCGAAGAGUUGCCCGGUGGCCGCGGCAGACGGAAGCCGAGCGAGAGCCUCGGCGGCGGCAGGAUGGGGGACUCCAAAGUGAAAGUGGCCGUCCGGAUCCGGCCCAUGAACCGAAGAGAAAUUGACUUGCAUACCAAAUGUGUGGUGGAUGUAGAUGCAAACAAGGUUAUUCUCAAUCCUGUAAAUACCAAUCUUUCCAAAGGAGAUGCCCGAAGCCAGCCAAAGGUAUUUGCAUAUGAUCAUUGUUUCUGGUCUAUGGAUGAAUCUGUCAGAGAAAAGUAUGCAGGUCAAGAUGAUGUUUUCAAGUGCCUUGGGGAGAAUAUCCUUCAGAAUGCUUUUGAUGGCUACAAUGCAUGUAUCUUUGCCUAUGGACAGACUGGAUCUGGAAAAUCUUACACCAUGAUGGGCACAGCUGACCAACCUGGAUUAAUCCCAAGACUUUGCAGUGGACUCUUUGAACGAACCCAGAAAGAGGAAAACGAAGAGCAGAGUUUUAAAGUAGAAGUGUCCUAUAUGGAAAUUUACAAUGAAAAAGUUAGAGACCUUCUUGAUCCCAAAGGAAGCCGUCAAACGUUAAGAGUCAGAGAGCACAGUGUGUUGGGACCCUAUGUCGAUGGACUUUCUAAACUGGCUGUCACAGGCUACAAGGAUAUUGAAUCUUUGAUGUCUGAAGGUAACAAAUCUCGUACAGUUGCUGCAACCAACAUGAAUGAGGAGAGCAGCCGAUCACAUGCAGUCUUCAAAAUCACCCUCACACACACUUUAUAUGAUGUGAAGUCCGGGACAUCUGGAGAGAAAGUGGGCAAGCUGAGCUUGGUUGAUUUAGCCGGCAGUGAGCGAGCGACGAAAACGGGAGCAGCAGGUGACAGGCUGAAGGAGGGCAGCAACAUCAACAAGUCCCUCACAACCCUCGGUCUGGUUAUCUCAGCCCUAGCAGAUCAGGGUGCUGGCAAAAACAAGAAUAAAUUUGUUCCAUAUCGUGACUCAGUUCUCACUUGGCUGCUCAAAGACAGUCUUGGGGGUAACAGCAAGACAGCCAUGGUAGCUACUGUGAGUCCGGCCGCUGACAACUAUGACGAAACCCUUUCAACCCUGCGGUAUGCAGAUCGUGCCAAGAACAUUGUGAACCACGCUGUGGUGAAUGAGGAUCCCAAUGCACGGAUUAUCCGGGACCUCCGAGAAGAAGUAGAAAAACUCCGAGAGCAGCUAACCAAAGCAGAGGCAAUGAAAUCUCCAGAGCUGAAAGACCGGCUGGAAGAAUCAGAGAAGCUAAUCCAGGAAAUGACUGUGACCUGGGAGGAGAAAUUAAGGAAAACCGAGGAGAUUGCCCAGGAGCGGCAGAAACAGCUUGAGAGUCUUGGAAUAUCUCUUCAGUCUUCUGGAAUUAAAGUUGGGGAUGAUAAAUGUUUCCUCGUUAAUCUCAACGCUGAUCCUGCUCUGAAUGAACUUCUGGUUUACUACUUAAAGGAACAUACACUGAUAGGUUCAGCAAAUUCCCAAGAUAUCCAACUAUGUGGAAUGGGAAUUCUUCCUGAACAUUGUAUCAUAGACAUCACAUCAGAAGGCCAGGUUAUGCUGACUCCUCAGAAGAACACCAGAACAUUUGUAAAUGGCUCCUCUGUAUCCAGUCCUAUUCAGCUACACCAUGGAGACAGGAUAUUAUGGGGCAACAACCACUUCUUCAGACUUAAUUUGCCUAAAAAGAAAAAGAAAGCAGGUGGAGAAGAUGAGGAACAAGACAUGUCCAUGAAGAAUGACACCAGUUCUGAGCAGCUGGAUGUGGAUGGAGACUCGUCCAGUGAGGUGUCCAGUGAAAUCAACUUCAAUUAUGAGUACGCGCAGAUGGAGGUAACCAUGAAGGCUCUGGGCAGUAACGAUCCCAUGCAGUCAAUACUGAACAGCCUAGAACAACAGCACGAAGAGGAGAAACGGUCUGCAUUGGAGCGCCAGAGGCUCAUGUAUGAACAUGAACUGGAGCAGCUCCGGAGACGGCUGUCUCCUGAGAAACAGAACUGUCGUAGUUCGGACAAAUUUUCCUUCCACUCACCCAGCGCUCAGCAGCGAUUGAGGCAGUGGGCGGAAGAGAGAGAAGCAACACUGAAUAACAGCCUGAUGAGGCUGAGGGAACAAAUCGUUAAGGCCAAUCUGUUGGUGAGAGAAGCUAGUUACAUUGCGGAAGAACUGGAUAAACGAACAGAGUAUAAAGUAACCCUACAGAUUCCAGCUUCCAGCCUCGAUGCCAACAGGAAGCGAGGCUCUCUCCUUAGUGAACCUGCCAUCCAGGUGAGAAGAAAAGGAAAAGGGAAGCAGAUUUGGUCUUUGGAAAAACUGGACAACAGGUUAUUGGAUAUGAGAGAUCUUUAUCAGGAGUGGAAGGAGUGUGAAGAGGAUACCCCAGUGAUACGGUCUUACUUCAAGCGUGCAGAUCCAUUCUAUGAUGAGCAGGAAAAUCACAGUCUCAUUGGGGUGGCUAAUGUCUUCCUGGAGUCCCUCUUCUAUGAUGUGAAGUUACAGUAUGCUGUUCCAAUCAUCAACCAGAAAGGAGAGGUGGCAGGCCGGCUGCACGUAGAGGUGAUGCGCAUUAGUGGUGACAUCGGGGAGAGAAUUGCGGGAGGUGAUGAUGCUGCAGAUGCGUCCUUUGAUAAGGAGACCCAGGAGAACAAACUCGUGUGCAUGGUUAAGAUACUUCAAGCCACCGGCUUGCCACAGCAUCUGUCCCACUUUGUAUUCUGCAAAUACGACUUCUGGGAUCAACAGGAGCCAGUAAUUGUUGCACCCGAGGUGGAUACCUCAUCCUCUCCAGUAAGCAAGGAACCACAGUGCAUGGUUGUCUUUGAUCAAUGCAAUGAAUUUUCUGUUGGCAUCACUGAAGACUUUAUCGAGCAUCUUUCAGAAGGGGCUUUGGCAAUUGAAGUCUAUGGCCAUAAGAUGAAUGAUCCUCGGAAAAACCCAACCCUGUGGGAUUUGGGGAUUAUCCAAGCAAAAACACGCAGUCUUCGGGACAGAUGGAGCGAAGUCACCAGGAAAGUGGAAUUCUGGGUUCAAAUCUUGGAACAGAAUGAGAAUGGUGAAUACUGCCCUGUAGAGGUAAUUCCUGCAAAGGACGUGCCAACAGGUGGAAUCUUCCAACUCCGGCAGGGUCAGUCCCGGCGAGUCCAGGUGGAAGUAAAGUCUGUGCAGGAGUCUGGGACUUUACCGCUGAUGGAAGAAUGUAUAUUGUCUGUUGGCAUUGGAUGUGUAAAAGUCAGGGUGCCGAGAUCGGCCAAGACUCAUGAAACCAUCCAUGAGGAAGAGGAGGACAUGGACAGUUACCAGGAUCGGGAUUUAGAGAGACUACGUAGAAAAUGGCUAAAUGUGUUAACAAAGCGUCAGGAGUACUUAGAUCAACAACUGCAAAAGCUUGUCAGUAAACAUGAUAAAACAGAGGAUGAUGCUGACCGUGAAGCUCAACUACUAGAGAUGAGGUUGACUCUGACUGAGGAGAGGAACGCAGUCAUGGUCCCCUCAGCUGGCAGUGGGAUCCCAGGGGCCCCGGCAGAAUGGACGCCGGUUCCUGGGAUGGAAACACACAUUCCUGUUAUAUUCCUUGACUUAAAUGCUGAUGAUUUCAGCUCUCAGGAUAAUCUUGACGACCCAGAAGCUGGUGGAUGGGAUGCCACCCUGACUGGAGAAGAAGAGGACGAGUUCUUUGAACUGCAGAUUGUCAAACAGCACGAUGGGGAGGUGAAAGCGGAAGCCUCCUGGGACUCUGCAGUGCACAACUGCCUUCAGCUGAGUAAAGGCACACCCGCGGAUGAGCGAGUGUUUCUCAUCGUGCGGGUGACGGUCCAGCUCAGCCAUCCGGCAGACAUGCAGUUGGUAUUACGCAAGCGCAUUUGUGUCAGUGUUCACGGCCGGCAGGGUUUUGCUCAGAGUCUCCUAAAAAAGAUGUCACAUCGAAGUUCUAUUCCAGGCUGUGGAGUGACCUUUGAAAUUGUCUCCAAUAUUCCAGAGGAUGCCCAGGGAGUAGAGGAACGAGAAGCAUUAGCAAGAAUGGCAGCUAAUGUUGAAAACACGGCUUCUGCUGACUCGGAGGCAUAUAUUGAGAAAUACCUCAGGAGCGUGCUGGCAGUGGAGAACCUUCUCACGUUAGAUCGACUUCGCCAGGAAGUUGCAGUGAAGGAACAGUUGACAGGGAAAGGGAAGCUGAACAGGAGGAGUAUUAGCUCUCCAAAUGUGAACAGACUGUCUGGCAGCCGACAGGAUCUUAUUCCAUCCUACAGUCUAGGUAGCAACAAGGGCCGGUGGGAAAGUCAACAGGAUGUAUCGCAAACUGCCGUUUCCAGAGCAAUCUCUCCGGCUGCCCCAUCUCCCCCUGGUUGUCCCCAAAAUAACCAUUCUCCUGAUCCAGGACUCGGUAAUCUAGCAGCCUCCUACUUGAGUCCAGUAAGAUCCUUCGUGCCGCAGAUGCCGAAGCUGCUGAAGUCUCUCUUCCCCGUCCGCGACGAGAAAAGGGGCAAACAGCCAUCUCCCCUCACACAUCAGCCCGUGCCUCGAAUCAUGGUGCAGUCAGCCCUCCCAGAUGCCGGGACGCCCAGGAUGGUGGAGGCUCAGCGAGAGAGCGCGGGGCUGCGCGUGGCCUCCGACGUGCCCGUGGCCUUGCCGGCCGCCCCCUCGCCCAAGACCUACGACGGGCCCCCGAGACCCGCGCCCGCCUCCCCGGCCCCCGAGGGCGCGGAUGGGCCGCCCAGCCCCCUGAGCGAGGCGUCCAGCGGCUACUUCUCGCACAGUGUUUCCACUGCCACCCUGUCGGACGCCUGCGGCCCCAGCCUGGAUACCGCGGCGUCGCCCUCUCCUGGCCCCAGCCCGGCCACCCCCGAGCCCGAGUCCCCGGCCGCGCCCAGCCCCCAGCCCCAGGUGAAGCCGGCUGUUGGCCCAGGGCCCGACGUCUCCAGGCCGCCGGCGCCUGCUGACCCUCGGUGCCAGCCGCCCGCUCCGGCCCCUCCCUUCAGGAUCCAGAAGGUGCGGACCUCGGAGCUGAAGUCAUUCACACGCAUGCUUGGCGGGGAUCCCGGCGGCCCCUCGGGGAGCGAGGAGGACCCGCUGGCCUCAGGGGGCCCGGGCGACGGCAGCGCUGAGGCAGAGGCCCCGGGAAAGCUGGAAGUUUCCUCGGAUUCUGAAGAAGCCAGUGAGGUCCCUGAGUGGCUCAGAGAGGGAGAAUAUGUGACCGUGGGCACCACCAAGACGGGCAUCGUGAGAUACGUGGGGCCCACUGACUUCCAGGAGGGCACAUGGGUCGGAGUGGAGCUAGACUUACCUUCAGGUAAGAACGAUGGCUCCAUCGGCGGGAAGCAGUACUUCAAGUGCAACCCCGGCUACGGGCUGCUGGUGAGGCCGGGCCGCGUGCGCAGGGCGGCGUGCGUGGGGCGGCGGCGCAGCGCGGGGCUCCGGCCGCAAGGCUUCCCCGAGACCCGCAGAAGCGGCGCGCUCUCUGGCUCCGCCACCAACCUGGCCUCGCUGACGGCGGCGCUGGCCAAGGCCGAGGGCUCGGCGGGGCGGGCCGAGCGCGCCCCCGGGAACCCGGAGAACCGCAAGUCCUGGGCCAGCUGA